AUGGCUCUCUCCGACGUCACCCGUGUCCCUGUUCACCGCAAUGCCAACUACAAGGCCAACGGCACCAAGUCCCUUGUCUGGCUUUACAACAAGUAUAACAUUACCCCCACCAGACCGGGUCGGUAUCAUCGUGACGAGAAGAAUCGCCUCAUGAAACGUCAGGAAGAUGGUUCCUCCGCCGAGGUCACCGCAGAAGAUCAGCAAAAUGACAGCUACUAUACUUGCCCGGUCACCAUUGGCACUCCUGGUCAACAACUUGAUGUGACCUUCGAUUCUGGUUCCGCUGACUUUUGGGUCUGGUCCAGUUACCUCCCUGAAAGCACCAAGAAGGCUGGAAGCGCAUCAGGUGGUACCAUCUAUGAUCCCACCAAAUCCUCCACGCAAAAGCCCAUGACUGGAAGCUCCUGGCAGAUCCGGUAUGGAGAUGGCUCUUCGGCAUCAGGAAUUGUGACCACAGACGUCCUGCAGGUUGGAGACAUCAAGAUUCUUGGUCAACCAGUCGAGAUAGCCACAGAUAUCUCCCCCGAUCUCGCUACCGAGACUGGUUCGCAGGGGAUUUUAGGGUUGGCAUUCGGCAAUAUCAACAACGUCAGCCCCGUGCCGGUCAAGACACCUCUUGACAACAUGAUUGCGCAGGAAGACAUUCCCAAGGACCAAGAGGUCUUCACCUGCUACAUGGGUUCUUACAAAGACGCCAAAGACCCAGACAAUGGCACCUCAUUCUUUACCUUCGGAAAGAUUGACAGUGACGUAGUCCACGCAAGUGGCAGAGAAAUCUCCUACACACCGGUCAAUGAUAGUAACGGAUUCUGGGAGUUCGCUUCGGAAUUCGUUGUCAUCAAUGGACAGAAGACCCUAUUGCCAGGAAACACCGCCAUUGCUGACACUGCCACCACCUUGAUGAUCAUUGAUGAUGAUCUCGUCGAGAAGAUUUACUCUGCUAUUCCGGGUGCGGUAUACGAUAAAUCUCAGCAAGGCUGGCUGAUCCCUUCCAAUACUCCUUCUGACAAGAUCCCUGAUGUCGCUUUCGCGGUUGGUGACGUGGAGAUUGUUAUUGACAAAGAACAGAUUGCAUUCGCCCCGAUUCCAAAGUCCGGCAUGGUAUAUGGCGGUAUUCAAGGUCGAGGUGGAUUGCCCUACAACGUCUACGGCGAUACCUUUCUGAAAUGUGUUUACGCGGUCUUUGAUGCUGGGAAGAAGCAAUUCGGGGUCGUCCAGAGGGUUAACCCUGGUCGAAAGAUUGCCUUCUAG